AUGCCCUCAAUUGUUUGUCGCUAUACCACAACCUCGAAAUCAGCCUUAAUAACGUAUCCACACCAACCGACAGCUACACUACAACAUUCAACCCGACUACCAACACAACCAUAUCCCACCCGCCACCAACGAUCAUUCAUCAACAUCCCCAACAUCUUCAACAACACCCCCCAAGCCAUCCGCACUCUCCACGCGUCCCGCACCUUACCAUUCCCCCCCUCCCCACUCUACGAUAUCAUCGCCUCCGUCGAAUCCUAUUCCGACUUCCUGCCCUUCCUCGGCGCCUCAACCGUGACGGCGCGCGACCAGAACACUGGCUACCCCUCCCAAGCAUUUCUUACCGUGGGCUACGGCCCAUUCACAGAAACGUUUACAUCCAGGGUCAUAUGUGAUCGCGACAAUUGGGUUGUCGAAGCUAAGAGCGGUGGUGGAGUGGGUAAGGACGGGAAACCGAUCCCCGGCGCGGAUGAAGGGUUGUUUAGUCAUUUAAGUACGAAGUGGGAACUUGUUCCUUUGACCUCGAAAGGUACAGGAGUAGUAGAGACGGAGGUCAGGUUGGAGAUACAGUUCAGGUUUGAGAAUCCCAUGCAUACGGCUAUGAUGUCGGCGGUGGAGGAUAAGGUUGCUGGAGUGAUGAUUGAGGCGUUUGAGAAGAGGAUUAAGGAGCAGAUGACGUUGGGCCGGUAG